AUGGCCGGUGUGCAGGGUGGCGAGGGCGACGACGACGAGUUUUUCAAGAGCGUCUACGCCAAGGGCUACACAGCGCCCGCGCAGGCGCACGCGGCGGUCAAGGCGGAGAAGCGGAAGGGCGGGGACGAUGCGGAGGUCGGCAGGCAGCGCGAGGAUGCGGGGACGGACGUACCGACAGAUUUCGGCGGGAAGUACAGCAAGGCGUGGGAGGCGAAGGCGAAGGCGGCGGAGCGCAACUGGAAGAAGCGGCGCGAAGACGACCUCACGUGCAAGAUCUGCGGAGAGGCGGGGCACCCCACUCAGGGUUGCCCCACCACCCUCGGCGGGGGCGGAGGUGGAGGGUUUGGCGGGGAGGGGGGCGGGCGGGGGGGCGGCGGAAAGCGCCAUGCGCCGUCCGCGGCGCACCCGUUCGCAAUCAGCAUCGGGGUGGCGGACCGGCGCAUGCGGUCGCGGAUAAUCGGCACGGCGGGCAUGGUGGUGCAGGGCCUGGAGAAGCAGACCAACUGCCGCAUCCAGCUCGAAGACGAUCUCGCCGUCGGCGACGGCGCGUUUAUCGUUAAGAUUUCUGCGACCGAUCGCGACACGCUCGCGGCGGGGGAGAGCGUGGUGCGCGGGUAUAUUGAGCAGCUGCAAUUGGAUAGUUUGCGGAAGGGCGGCGGGAUACUGGGCGGGCCGGCGGCAGUGCAGAUGGCGCUGGCGGCGCUGGCGCACGACCCCGCGCAGCAGCAGCUGCAGCAGCAGCAGCGCAUGUGGGCGGCGGCGACGGCGGAGGCGGCGGGGGAGGCGGAGAUGGUGAUUGGGGGGGAGGCGGAGGACGCGACGCUGAGGCUGAUCGCGGCGCAGCUCGAGGCGCAGCGGCAGGCGGGCGGAGCGAUGGUGGGCGCAGCGGGGAUGGCGGCGGAUGGGGGGCCGCUGGUCGCAGUGAGGCCCAUGGGGGGGAUGGGCGCGGUUGGCCCCAUGGGGCCGAUGGGGGCGAUGGGGGCGAUGGGACCGAUGGGAGCGAUGGGAGCGAUGCUGCCUGGGGGCGCCAUGGGCGCGUAUGGGGGACAGGUAGAAUCGAGUGGUAUGGGUGGUGCAGGCAUGCCGAUGCUGCAGCUGCCGCCGCAGGGCCCGCUGCCGUCGUCCGUGGAGGAGCUAGAGGCCGUGGUGGCGGCGGAGGCGAGCGCGCUGCAGCAGGCGCAGGCGCGCGAGGAGAAGGAGGAGACGGACCGCCACACUCUGCGCAUGGAGGAGAUCCGCGGGCGGUUCACAGCGCUGGCGUCAAGCCUGUCGUCGCGGCAGGCACAGCAGCGCGCCCAGGUGCAGGCUCAGGCGGUGCCACAGGGUCAGGGAGUGGGUCAGGGAGGAGGGGGGUACGGCUAUGAGGGCUAUGGGCAGCAGCAGACUGGCAACCAGGGUUGGCAGCAGCACCAGCAGCAGCCUCCGCCACAGGAGCAGCUGCAGCAGCAGCAGCAGCAGCAGCAGCAGCAGCAGGGCGCACAGCACAGCUACGGAGGGCAGGGUGGAGCAAACGAGUACAGCCAGAACCCAGGUUAUGGCUACUCGGCCCCUACGUCCAACUCUUCUGCUGCUGCUCCCCCUGCUGGCAGUGCAUGGAACCAGCCUGCACCCCAUCCCGAGGCUUAUGGCGGUGGGUACUCUGCUCCUGGUGCAGCACCAGCAGGGGGCGCUGCUCCUGGCUACAAUUAUCACCAGCAACAGCAACACCAGCACCAGCACCAGCAGCAGUACCCCCCCGGUGCCAACCCUUCGCCAGGUGCAGGGGCAGCUGGGCCAGGAGCGCCAGGUGCUGGGCAGUACCAGUCGUAUGAAGCAAACGGUUACCAGCAACCACCUGCCCCUGGUGCAGCCAAUGCAGGCUAUUAUUCUGGUUAUGGCAGCGGGCAGCAAGGUCCAAAUGCGGGGGCACCAGGUGCAGGACCUCCUCCAGGAGGUUAUUAUGGGUCUGGAUACUAA